AUGUCAACGAUGGGCGACGUAUGGAUCAAGAGAUUGUACAACAAUGGCGCGGCGACGGUUGACACUGUCGAAACGAACUUCCGUCAGCUUGCAAAAUCGAUCAAUACAUUCAUGCGCAAGAACAAUUCGACGGUAGACGCAGCAUUCGAAGCGAAGACCAUCUACGCUACGGGGAGUGCAAACAAGACAGAAACGUGCAUACUUGUCCAAUGGGCUUGGCUGUCAUUCUCUGCUAGUUUGGUACUUUUGACCGUGGUAUUUCUAAGCUUGACGGUCUAG